AUGUAUGACUCUCUGACCGUGUUUGGUGUGCUCUGUGCUUGUAAACAUCACAAUCACGAUAUUGAUUCGGGAUUUGGUGUAGGUGGUACUGCCGGAAUUCCCGUGCCUAUUGAUCCUGGCAUUGAUGUCGGUGGAAAAGGCGGUGUAUUAAACCAAGAUUUUGGUAUGACCGGUUUAGGAGGUGGCGAAAACUUCAAUAACGUAUUAAAUGGAAAUGACGGUUUUGUGAAAGGUGGUUCUGCAAGGGGCUUUGCCAACAACGGUGGUGGCUUUAUAAACGGAGGAACUGAUGGUAUUGCCAACGAUGGAAUGGGCUUUAAUAGUGGCGGCGGUUUCCUUAAUGAUGGAGGUGGGUUUUCAAACACAGGAGGGAUAGUAAAUGGUGGAGCAGGAUUCAGCGGCGGUGUGAACAGCGGAAUAGUCGAUUCUGGAUUCGGGGCGAACGGAGUAAACGGCGGAUUUGAUACGUUUGCCAACAACGGAGGUGGAUUUAGCAAUAGUAUUGGUGGAUUUGACAACAGUGGUGGAUUUGCAGGUAAUGGUGGCUUUGGUGGAGUCAGCAACGGAGGUGGAUUUACAGACAAUGGUGGAUUUGGUGGAGUCAGCAACGGAGGUGGAUUUACAGGUAAUGGUGGAUUUGGUGGAGUCAGCAACGGAGGUGGAUUUGUAGACAAUGGUGGCUUUGGAGGAAUCAGCAAUGGUAUAGACGGAAAUGUAGGGUACGAAGGAGGCAAUAGUGGUUACAUUGGGAAUGCUGGUUCUAGUAUUGGUGGAGGUUAUGAUGGAAUCAAGCUGCGAGGGUUUUCAAGAAACGAACCAUACACAAACGGUGGAAUUGCCGGAUCGUCCGUAAUGGAAGGACCUACGAGGGUCGCGGCUGUUGGCUCUGCGGAUAGGGUUGUCGGAGUUAAUAAAGGCUACACCAAACAUAGUUCUCACAUUACCACAGUCGUGCGGCCAAUUGUUAGGCCAGUUAUCAGACCAGUAGUAAGGCCAGUGAUCCAAAGGGUUGUUCGGCCAAUCAUCAAGCGUCCAGUGAUACGCCGAGUUGUACGCCCCAUUUACCGUCCAGUAAUAAAUCGUGUGGUACGCCCUAUCAUCAGACGACCGAUAAUUAACCGAGUCGUACGACCGAUAGUGAAUCGUAUUGUUCGUCCGAUAAUUCGUCGAGUUGUUCGGCCGAGAGUUGACUCUGGUACCGGAGGUUUAGGUGGACUUACUGGGUAUCCGAACAUGGGCAACAUUGGGACCGGUGGAAUUUCACAACCUAUGUAUAAACCAAUGAAGCCAAAACGUUCAAAAUAUUAUUAAAUUCCUUGCUUGGUUGGCGUUCUUACUCGUAAAAUAUGUGUUUGCGUAUUUUACUUUUAAUUGGUAUUCGAAAAGCUACCAAGGUGUAGAUAAGAGUUUUAGCUGUGGUUUAGUAUAAUGAAAACAAUUAAAUAAAAAUAUAUAUUGUUACUUUUGUAAGGACAGAACCCUUACGUAUUCGUCUUUUCUGCUGCCUCAUAGUGAGUAUUUAUUGUACAUUUUUAUGAUUCAAAACCCUAAAAAUACAACAAUACUUUGAAAUUAAAGUUCUGACGAAUAGUUCUUAGGUUCUUUUUGCUUUGAGAUCUAUUUUCCUUAUUUUCUUUGCAAUUUUUUGUUGAAAUCACAUGACAGAUCUAUGCUUGACAUUUAGGUAGCAUUUUCAUAAUGAAAUAAUAGGAUGACGGUACUUGCUAUGGAAACGUAGGACAUACACCACUACUACAAAUUUGGGACUCAUUUUGUAACAGAUUUUGCGUUUUUGUGUUUGACUGAAAAUAGUUUUCUUGGAUCAAAUAUGACAUCCACUCUCCUUUUGAUUUUUAUUCUGCACUGACAAUAUUCUUCAAGAAAAUGAAAGUUACAGACAUUUAAAAUAGACCAUGAUGUGUGCUGAAGCAAUUGGAAAUUUGUCAAUUUUAUAUAGAAUAAAGAAGGACAGCUAUUUAGUGUGUCUAUGCCUUUAUUCCAUGUUAUUUUGGAUAGAUGGCGCUAUGCCAUUACGUCCGGUUUAUCAAACAUGAACGUGCAAAACUACCUAAAACGGCAUUGAAAGUUUGUAUAUUGGUGGUCGUUUAAUUAACUGAUUACUAAUUGAUUUUCCUUGUUUCUGGACAGCGCACGUGCUGAAUGAUUGACAGCUAACAUUGUCAUGACAACUUGUACUGCGUCAUGUAUUCUAUAUUCAUCUCCAUUUAUAUCUGAACGUGUACUAAAUAUCAGAUGUACUAAUUAACCGCGUUAGA